UUUCCAGUAUUGCCAACUGCGAAAUGAAGUUUAGACUUCCUGUUCUUUUCAGCCAAGUUCUCUUCGACGUAUGUUGUGUCGAUAAAUAAACUUUUGAGAAAAUGGUUCGCAUUAGUGUGCUGGCCGAUGCACUUAAAUGCAUCAACAACGCCGAGAAACGAGGCAAGCGGCAAGUCUUAAUUCGGCCAAACUCAAAAGUGGUGAUUAAAUUCCUUACCGUAAUGAUGAAGCAUGGAUACAUCGGUGAGUUCGAAAUCGUUGAUGACCACCGGUCUGGCAAGGUUGUUGUAAAUUUAACCGGUCGCCUCAACAAAGCCGGCAUCAUUUCGCCUCGCUUCGAUGUAAAAUUGAACGAUGUGGAACGGUGGACCAAUACGCUGCUGCCGUCCCGUCAGUUUGGCUACGUUGUGCUCACUACCAGUGGUGGUAUUAUGGAUCACGAGGAAGCCAGAAGGAAACAUCUUGGAGGCAAGAUUUUAGGUUACUUUUUCUAGAUUUUGUUGAACGACUAAAUAAUACGGAGUAAAAUCAACAAUUCCAAAACAUAAA